AUGUUAUUGAACGCAUUGCGGAUUCCGGCGAGUUUCAAGUGCCCACAGGGAACAGUUUGCAGUGGCUUAGAAGGACUUUGUUUACUGCUAAAACGACUAGCAUACCCAUGCCGCUAUUUCGAUUUAAUUUCAACUUUUGGACGUCCGGUGCCAGAGCUGUGCAUGAUCGCUAACACUGUACUUGAUUGGGUUUUUAAUGAACAUGGGUUUCGUUUAACCUCUUGGAAUCAGCCAUUUCUUACCCCUGCUUGCCUUCAAGAAUACGCCUGUGCUAUAGCAAGACAACGAAGUCCACUUACCAAUUGUUUUGGUUUCAUUGACGGCACGGUUCGCCCAAUAUGUCGCCCUGGAGAAAAACAGCGCGUUGUAUACAACGGGCACAAGCGUGUUCAUGCGCUAAAAUUCCAAUCCGUAGUAGUGCCAAAUGGUUUGAUAGCAAAUCUUUAUGGUCCGGUGGAGGGUGCACGCCACGAUGCAGGGAUGCUUAAAGACUCUGGCCUGCUGCAAACGCUGGAAAGAGAAGCUUACAAUCCAAUGGGGGACGUCCUAUGUCUCUAUGGAGACCCAGCUUACCCUCUUCGUCUUCAUUUAAUGGCCCCUUACCGAAUAGGGGAGGUCCCAGUAUUUACAGCCGAUAUGGAAGCAUUUAAUUCAGCAAUGAGUUCUGCUAGAGCUUCGGUGGAAUGGCUUUUUGGCGAUAUCUCCAACUCGUUCAAGUUCUUAGAUUUCAAGAAAAACUUAAAGUUAGGAUUAAGCGCAGUUGGAAAGCAGUAUAUAGUGUCCGCACUGUUUAGAAAUAUUCUCACCUGCCUUUAUGUUAACACAACAUCAACACAUUUUCAACUUGAUCCACCAACUGUUCAAGACUAUUUGGCCUAAUGGCAUCACAGUAUAUCAAGUAGAGAUGUCUGAGCGCGAUGCAAAGUUACAAAAUAUAUUAGGUUGUUCUAGCAGCUAAUCCAGGAUUUCAGGUUUUAUUUUUUCAUUCAAGAUUACUGCUAGUGUCUGGUGAGUCUUCAGUCCGUGAAAAUGAAAUUUAAAAAGAGAAAGCAGCAAGGCUUAAAAAAAGAAUAAAACAAAUGUUCACUUAAAUCCAGGACAAAGCGGCCUUUUCGUAUAACCCAUGAAGUUCUUGUGAAGUACUAAUCAGAUUUUAAAACAUUGGUCAGAGUUGUCUUUGUUUGCCGGGUGUUGGGUCAAGGAAAGGGUCUGAACCGGGAAGGGAGGGCACAGAAAACUCUGAUUGACACUAAGUUUAUGUUUUUGUAAUGGAAUGAAGUUGUUAAACCUUGGAGUUAAGUAUGCAGUUGCCAUGGUAAUCAUCUACGGUAUGUGCAACAACUUUACUAUGAACUAAUACAGUGACUAUUCACUGUUAACUUAAUUCCUGUAUGAAAAAGAUAAUGGAUCCAAACCGUCAAAGAAAUAAAAAUUUCAUGACCAUUUUGGUAAAAAAUAUUGAAUUCCUGUAUUAUGGAAAACAUGAACAAUAAACAAGUUAUCCUUUUUCUUGUUUCUACUCACAAUAAUUCACCAAACAAAGUUCACCACGCAUGCUUAUGUAUUUUUGGGGAAUUUUCUGAUAACUAAUAGAAAAAUGCAACAGUUUGUUAAAGGUUCUGUGAAACAAACAACAACGUAUUAGAGUCUCCAAAAAAUGCAAAAUGCCCCUUUAAAUUGAAUGCAUGGGAUGGCAAAACAGCCAAGCUCUCAAACAACAAAACUCUUAAAUGUUAUCACUUUGUAAGUUUCUGUACUAGAGCAAGAACAAGGUUUUGUGUGUUCAUUUGACUUUGCAUCAUUUGCUUCAUCUGCUCUUGUUGCACUUUGAAUUGUUCUUUUUGCUGCUCAGCCUGAAGUUGCAGCUGCUGUCUUUGAAGUUCCAGCUCUUCUUUUCUGAGGUCUGUUUCCUUGGCUGUUUUCUCUGCUAAAUACUGAAAAGGAUCAGAACUAGCUCUUCUUUUUCUUCCUCUUCUCUUUACAGUCUUCUUCUCUGUGGCACUUUCGUCCCCAGAAUCAGAGGCUUCACCACUUGCUCCAGCCUUUGCCCACGUGGUCAUGGCUUUAUCUCUACAUGCAAGUGCAUCCUUCCUCUUCUGGUCAUCUUUUUUGCUGUUUGCAUUUCCUACACGAAGUGUUGUUGACUCCAUGGCCGCAACUAUUUCCUCAAGCAAUGUUUCGUUUUCUGUUGGUGGAUCAGGGUUGAUCCCACUUGCUUUUUCUUCUUUGUUUUUCUUGUUCUUGUAGUCUUUUAACAGCAUGUCUCUAAAAAGACUGAAGCAGUUUAGUUUUUCGGCUACUUCUGUCCAUGUUUGGCCAGCUUCUUUGCUGCCCACUUUGUACAGAAAUGGCUCCGAGGAGUAUAAUUCCCGAAGGAGCAGAGUAUUUUUUGCUUCAUUCCAACGAAAUGACCCACUAAAAAAGAACACAUUUUAUAAAAUUAAUACGUAGCAUGAAAAGUAUUUUCUUAAUACAAAAUUGCAUCCUGCCAAUCACGUUUUAUCACCUGUUGAUCAAUAACACCAUAAAAAGCUGUCCUUAGGCUGCUGUCUCCAGUCAGUAAAUUAUUUUAUUUGGGAAACAAGGUUAAAUUAAAAAAAAACAUUAAUUUUAAAUCCAAAGUAAAAAUAAGACUCUCAAUUUGGUCAUUGCAUCAGAUUUUGAUUCACCAUAGUUCUCCAUUAACUUCCCUUCCCAAGCUUCAACUCUCCUUCUGCAUAUCAAUUUUAGGACACAAAACCAGUAUAUAAAUUAAUGUAUGAGCAUUUGAAAAACGAUUUAUACAAAUGCCAUUUUCAGACAUUUGAGCUUACUUUGUUCGAACAGAGACGGCUGACUCGCCACUGGAGCACACACUAAAGAGACAAAAAAAUACCCAGUCAGUGUCAUGAUUGACAAUGAAGUUUCCGUUUUAUAUAAAACAGGGUUCGUACUCUUUUGAGCCCUUCAAAUUCCAUGACUUUCCAUUACUUUUUCCAUGACCUUUUCCAGUCUUCCAUGACUUUGGUUAUAGCUGCCACUUAAGAAAAUUUUCAAAACUAUCCUUGUUUUUAUUUAGGGUAUUUACCUUACUCAGUGCAACAGAUAACACUUUAGUGUCCACCAUAUGUGCCAUUUCUAAAAGCCGUUUAAUUACGUCUUUUUGUCCUUAUUUUGGACUGUGCACGAACUAGUCUAGCAAACAUAACUUCAAUUUUCCAUGACUUUCAAUGACCGACAAUUAAAUUCCAUGACUUUCAAGGCCUGGAAAAUGAAUUCUUAAAUUUCAUGACUUUCCAGGUUUUCCAUGACCUGUACGAACCCUGUAAAAGCUUUUACAAUCUAUUUUGAUUUGGAAAAAGUACAUACUUCCAACAAAGUUCGCAGUUCACCUUUGAAAAGUAGAAAAAGAAAGUGAAUUACCUGCUUUCAUCUCCUGUUGACAUCCUAAUCUGCUUGUAA